UGCCGGCCGCAUAAUGUUUCCAUUUUAUACUCACAAGCAAGAACUGAUGAUCAUUACAAUGCUCUCUCCUGUUUUCUUCUGCUUAAUAUGUUCUUCAAUACCAGCCUUGUAUGAUCAGUAACUUUGUUUUUAUCGCAAUCACUUUCUUGCUGUAUUUCUCUAUCAACACAGGAUAAAGUCUCUACCCUCUACGCUCGAAUUGCUUCAGCUAUUUUUAUUUGUUUUCUUGUUCUCAUGGCAAUGCAUCUCCAAGUAUGCUUCUUUCUUUUCCUAUUCCUUCACUGCAUAAGUUUUACCACAUCUUCUAAACCCGAAUCACGGCCAAAAACAUUUUUUUUUGGAUCAUUACCUGCAAGCUUUUUUGCUGUGGGUUCAGCACCUGCUCCAUCACCACCGCCACCAGCUGCAGUUCCUCCUUCUCCACCGCCACCAGCUGCAGUUCCUCCUUCUCCACCGCCUCCAGCUGCAGUUCCUCCUUCUCCACCGCCACCAACAUGGGUUCCUCCUCCUCCACCACCACCAGGUUCACCUCCGCCAACUGAUGGGGCAUCACAAGGUAAAGGGUCGUCAAGUAGACUAAGUGGUGGACAGAAGGCAGGAAUUACCAUUGGAACUCUAGCAGGGGCUGGCCUAUUGGUUUUUGGUGGCAUGAUAUACAAGAAACGCCGAUCUAACAUAAGAAGAGCACGAUUCGGUUCAGCAGCAAGAAGGCCAGCUCUUUGAAUAUGCACUUUUAUAGAUUCUUGAUCACAGGGAGGACAAAUGUACUGAUAUGUGAGUUACUAUUUUACAUUUAAUGGGUAAGAAAUUCGAGGCGAGAAAUAAGAAUGUCAAAUUAUUUGUAUUUGAGACAAUAGAAUUUAUGUGGGAGGAUUUUUGAGUUAUUUAUUUCUCUUAU